UGGGGGGAGGAAGAAAGAGGAGGAGGAGGAGGAUCACCUCUCCCUAAGUUGACUUUGCCGUUUUAGGGAGAUUAGAUUCAGCUUUCCGCAAACCCACCAAGAGCUGAGCGAAGACGGGAGAGGAGAGGGGACGCCUCGACGUCUGCUGAAUUCAGUAACCAAUCUGUCCACGGGUCAUGGCCGGUUCCGUGUAGCGGAGCGGGUUUUUAUUUCGGGCGGAUUCCCCCCGGUUAGUGCGCCUGCAGCCGAGCGCAGCUCUCACUGCGGCUCCAAAGGGAAACCAUAUCUGGUCAAAGUAUUCGUUGCUGUCACCCAGUAGAGCCGGACCGGCUAUUAAUAGCGCCGGAGGAGCUGCUGCUCCAUCCCUCUGACAGUUUGGACACCUGGCUGCCUUUUGGUCUCAGCCUACUGUUGACGUGAGUGAGCAUCGCUGACUCCACUGCCUCCAUCAUCCUAGAUAUUUUCAAACUAAGUCCACAUUCUCCUGCUCGAUUGUCUUUUUCGUCUCGUCUUUCCGGUUCGGGGAGGUCGUGGAGGUGUGCGGCUCAUCAUGUCGCUGUUGAAGAAGGAGAUGGACAAGUACAGGGACGUGGACGAGGACGAGCUGCUGAAGAAGCUGUCAGAGGAGGAGCUGCAGCGGUUAGAGGACGAGCUGGAGGAGCUCGAUCCUGACAAUGCGUUGCUGCCUGCUGGUCUUCGACAGAAGGACCAGACCAAGAAAGCACCAACAGGAACGUUUCAGAGAGACAACCUGCUGGCCCACCUGGAGAAGCAGGCCAAGGAGCAUCCUGACAAAGAAGACCUGGUGCCGUUUACCGGCGAGAAGAGAGGAAAGGCGUAUGUGCCAAAACAGAGGGUGGACCCCAUCAUAGAGAACGUGACCCUGGAGCCGGAGCUGGAGGAAGCCCUGGCCAGUGCCUCUGAUGCAGAACUCUGCGACAUUGCAGCUAUCCUGGGCAUGCACACCCUGAUGAGCAACCAGCAGUACUACGAAGCGCUGGCCAGCAGCACCAUAGUCAACAAGCAAGGCCUCAACAGUGUGAUCCAGUGUACCCAGUACAAACCAGUCCCAGACGAGGAGCCCAACUCCACUGACGUCGAGGAAACGUUGACGAGGAUAAAGAGGAACGAUCCUGACCUGGUGGAGGUCAACCUCAACAACAUAAAGAAUAUCCCCAUCCCAAUACUGAAGGCUUACGCCGAAGCACUAAUGAAGAACACCGUGGUGGAAAGGUUCAGCAUUGUUGGAACAAGGAGCAACGACCCUGUAGCGUUUGCACUGGCAGAGAUGCUGAAGGUGAACUCAACUCUGAAGAGUCUGAAUGUCGAGUCAAACUUCAUCACGGGGGCUGGAAUCCUGUCCCUGAUUGAAUCACUGCAGAAUAACGCGACACUACUGGAGAUUAAAAUCGACAAUCAGAGCCAACCGCUGGGAAACAAAGUGGAGAUGGAGAUAGCCAGCAUUCUGGAGAAAAACACCACCUUGUUAAAGUUUGGCUAUCAUUUCACUCAACAGGGCCCGCGCCUGCGAGGCUCCAACGCCAUGAUGAACAACAACGACUUGGCCCGGGUCGUCAGGUCAGAAUCGGACGGCUCCUUCACCUUCACUCUGUCCGUUCCUGAGCUGGAGAGAGCCUUUGGAAAAAAGUUCAAGUGCAAGACUAAGUAAAACCAGUAACACCCAUAUGAGACGCAGUCGCCACGUAAGAAAGAGAAGGCUUGAGGGAGGACCCAUCUUCCCAAAGUGUCGGACAAACGUGUAAAAAAACAAACAAACAAUGGCUACCUUCAUCCUCCUCCAAUCGUCCAUGACCUCCAUCAUCAGCCACUUUAUCAUUUGGUAAAUCUUGUGAAAAUAAUUAUUUUGUGCAUCUGGAUUGGCUAAGACCUUAAAAGCAGCAGCUCUUUGUGCUCACCAACCAGGAGAUGCAUGCUUUGUGUCAGUAAUAAGAGUCUAGUUUUGAAAAUAAAUGGUCAUUUUUUUUCCUGUUCGUGACAUCGAUUCAGUGUUAUGAGUACUGUUUCGUAAAGGGGAUGUGUUGCCAUUAUCAUUACUUCCCUCCAGUUUUCUUGUCAACUUAAUGGUAUAUUCUAUAAAGACGACAAUGAAGCUCAGGCUCAAAAGAUAAUAAAUAUACAGAAGAAUUGUUCUAAACAUCUGAGGUGACGCAUCAUUUUUGUGUCAGAUGCUCCGUUAUGCACAUAUUCCCGCGGUUUUAAAGCUUUCUAUUGUGAGACAUGUCACUUUAUAUGUACCAUAUUUAUUUGAGAAAAACCUGGUAAAAGAUUUAAAGUUUUAAAAGCAACUUGUCGGUUUUUUUAACGAAAAGAAUCGCUUUCUUAAACUUGUCUGUAAGGCGACGCAACUUUCUGUCCUUAAUGAUAAAAAACAGGCUUCAGGAGG